AUGACGGUGAUGCAGCCCAAGAACUGGCCGACAGGGCUAGUCUAUCUCACGGCGCCAGUUCACUCCCGUUCACUUAGCGGACCGCAGCGACAGACGAUAACACAAAAGACAGCAGAGCUUCCUGAAGUUCAGGUGCAAGACACGGCAUUACCGAGUCCUUUGGUCAAAAUCACUCCCAUUUUUGAGAGUGCCCACCCGGCGAGAGGCCAAUGCGGUCUUUUUGCCGCCCGGCAUCUUAAACCAGGCGCUUUCAUCAUUCCUUACCUCGGAACGGUCCAUCCAGACUCGCCAUCCAAGUCCGACUACGAUCUAUGGCUAGACAGGGACGCCGAGAUUGCCGUCGACGCCAGCAAGGGCGGCAAUGAGGCCAGAUUCAUAAACGAUUACCGAGGCAUUGCCCAACGACCAAAUGCCGAGUUUCGUGAGGUUUGGUGUCACAGGUUCAAGCAAAAAUGUAUGGCUGUGUUUGUACUGUCCGAAGGGAAGAGUGGCCGAGGGAAAGGCGGUAUUGGUAAGGGCGAUGAGGUUCUUGUGAGCUACGGAAAAGGCUUCUGGGGUCAUCGGAAGGAAGAGUGA